AUUAAUUUACAUGAAUCCAAAAGCCGCCCUUGUCCCUUAUAAAUAAACCCCCUCCUCCCUCCUCAUACCAAAAACGUACUGUAACAAGUUCAAAGAUACAAACCCCAAGCAUGGGUUACUUAGCCAACAUUCCCCUCCCUUUCUUUCUCCUCCUCAGCCUCUUCACCUCCGGCCGCGCCGCCACCUUCGAAAUCCACAGUAAUUGCCCCUACACACUCUGGGCCGCCGCCUCGCCCGGCGGGGGCCGCAGACUCGAGAAGGGCCAAAGCUGGUGGCUAUCGGUGCCCGCCGGCACGUCCAUGGCACGGAUCUGGGGCCGUACAAAGUGCAACUUUGACGGCGCCGGUAACGGUCAUUGCCUGACCGGGGAUUGCGGCAAGCUCGCGUGUUCGGGAUGGGGCACCCCUCCGAACACCCUGGCUGAAUAUGUCCUUAACCAAUUUGGUAACCUGGAUUUCUACGACAUCUCUCUGGUUGAUGGGUUCAACAUCCCCAUGGAGUUCAUCCCGACAAACAGGGCCCAGACCGACAAAUGCAAGCCCAUUUCGUGCAUCGCGGACAUCAACGGGCAGUGUCCGGGCCCAAUGCGGGCCCCGGACGGGUGUCUGAACCCGUGCCAGGUUUUCAAGACCCAGCAAUACUGUUGCACACAAGGGCCUUGUGGCCCGACGGAUUACUCAAGGUUCUUCAAGGAUAGGUGCCGCGACGCUUAUAGCUAUCCUCAGGAUGAUCCUACAAGCACGUUUACUUGCACGAGUGGGACCGAUUUUAGAGUUGUGUUUUGCCCAUGGGGCUGGGAUCCACACGUCCCCAUGGAAGUGAAUGGGACUAGUAUUGUGAUGUAAAUUAAGGGGUGUUUUGAGUAUGCUUGUGAGCCAUUUACUUGGGUGAAAUAAGGUCUUUGUACUAAUAAGUGGAUGCUGUAGGGUGCUUUUCCGUGAUGCACUCUGAAGGGAAGAUUCGGACAAUCAGUGGUUCUGAUAAGAGUGCUUUGAUUAAUCUCAACCAUUGAUUUCAGGAAUGGAUGGUUCGGAUAUAUCCUACAGAGUGCACUACAUGGAGCGCCCUACGGCAUUCCCAAAUUCGUACUACUAAGGAGAGUUGGAAAUAGUCAGUGUUGUAUUGUCAUGUUGCGGUUGUGUUGUAGCAAAGUAAAUUCAACUUUGAAAUAAAGAACUGUUAAUUUUGUUUU